AUGGCUGUGGGCUUGCGGCUGACCCACUUUCCUGUGUGUCUCGCCUGGUUCGAAGCCAUCAUGGGGAUCAUCAAGUCGGGCAAGGUCGUUGUCCUGCUGGCCGGGCGCUACGCUGGUCGCAAGGCUAUCGUGGUGAAGCCUUUCGACGAGGGCUCCGAGAACCGCAAGUUCGGCCACGCCAUCGUGGCUGGCAUCGACCGCUACCCUCGCAGGGUGACGAAGGCGAUGAGCAAGGACAAGAUCAAGAAGCGCACGAAGCUGAAGCCGUUCGUCAAGUACGUCAACGUCAACCACAUCAUGCCCACCCGGUACCAGGUGGACAUCGACCUCAAGAAGGCCGUGGAUGAGACUGCCAUCAAGGCCUCCCCCACGGACGUUCGCAAGGCGGUGAGGAAGAUCUUCGAGGAGAGGUACCUGAACCAGAAGGACGUCAAGUCCGAGAAGAAGGCCACCGGCGUCAAGUACUUCUUCGAGAAGCUCCGCUUCUGAGAGAAGAAAGUUUCGAGGAAGCUUCUCUCGUUGGGGGCGAAGCGAAGACUUUGGGAUGCUUUGUUGGUGCCAAGUGUUUGCCUCGUUUUUGUGAGAGGAGUCUUCGUGUAGAAACUUGUCGUCAGGACUUCAAAACCGCGGGGUUUGACAACGGUGCUCCGUCUUUGAUCUUUCGAGUCGCCGGUUAAGCGACAGCGUGACUUUUAGGGAGAUGGCUCUGAGUUUGUGUAGGCCGUAGAGUCUUCGUUUCUUGAGCGACUGGCUUUGCCUUUUGCGUUUCGCAGUAAAGUUGUUGACGCUGUGCGCGCCGUACAGAGCGGAGCUGUUGCCUUGCGGCGUGCGGACUCUUCUCAAGCAGGGGAGGUUUUGUCGAGUUUGAGGUUUGAUAGACGACGAAUGAAUCACGACACCAGGAAAAAAAAAAUGUUUUGAUGGACGCCGGUGCACCGGAAAGCUUGCGGUGGUGUGAUCUUCAUCCAGGCUUGGCCAGGUUUACACGAGAAGCUUGCCGUCGUGUCACCUUCAUCCAAGCUUGGCCAUGUUCACUCGAGCAUCGAUAGAGAUCCCGAGGAUCCUUCGCAAUCACACCUCGGAAAGAGCAAAACGAUGCAUGACGCAC